AUGCGGGAAGCUCUUGAAACGAAGGUCUACGAUAGCCUUGACGCGUUUCUCGUUGAUAGCAGUUGCACGUACGAUUACUACUUGGACGUGAUUCGCUCUUCCAUUCGCCGACCAACAGUUCUGCUGAAACGUUCCAUGACGCAGCUUUGGACCAAUCCAUUCAAUCCUUGGAUCGCUGAGAAGCUCAAAUCCAAUAUGGAUUUGCAGUUUGUGCUGGAGGAGUUUUCAUGUGCUGCUUAUGUUGUGGAAUACGUAAACAAGACCAACAGAGGCAUAAGUAGUUUACAUCGUGACCUCAUAAAGCUCCAGGAAGAGCAUCCAGACCAGGACUACAAUGGAUUGUUGAAGAAGGUCAGCAUAAAAAUGUUAAAUUCCGUGGAAAUGUCUGCCCAGGAGGCUGCUUGGUAUUUGCUUCGGCAACCGAUGUCAGAAGCCAGCCGCAAGGUUGAGUUUAUUGCGACAAUGUGGCCACAAGAGCGAAUAAAAUCCAAGAAGCGGAACAAACAGAUGAACGAAGAGGAUCUCGACGACAAUUCCACCGAUGUGUGGACGCUAAACAUCAUCCAACGUAUGGCGGAAAUGGUCGACUAUAAGCGUGAGAUGGUUCUCCUCCUCCUACCGUUCAGGAAUGAAGUCUGCGAUGUACUUGAUCGGAACAAGUUCCUGAAGUUGUAUGAAGACAACGAGGCCGCCAUUUUGGCAAAGCACAAGGAGUAUGACUGCGAAAUGAACUUGGAUCAGGUUGUGGAGGAAUACAUCCGCAUAUGCAGCGAAGACGACGAGCAGCAGGUGAUUGCCGACCAGAAGCGCGAUGAGUUCGUCCGCACGAUCGUCAUGGAGCCGAAUGAUGACGAUAUUCACAACUUGCCAACAGGACCCUUGGCAGCUGUCGUCAAACAGCGAUCAAAUGUCUUGUCAAAGCAAGAAUAUUGUGAAAUGGUGCGUGCCACGAAUGCAGAGCAGCGGGAUUUGAUUGUGCAAGUAAUCCACAGCUUGCAUUCCUCUGAAGAAAACUGCAAACCAGUGCAAAUAUUCUUCACUGGCCCGGCGGGCUGUGGCAAAACGUUCACUUUGCGCAUUCUAAUGGAGACAGUGAACCGGUACAGCCAAGCUCAUAAUAAGCAGCACAACGCUUAUGUAGCAUGCGCAUCCACUGGAAAAGCAGCGGUUGCAAUAGGUGGAACAACAGUGCAUUCCGCAUUCCGGAUUUGCAUGUCGCGUAGGCAAAGCUCAAAGCUGAGUUUCGAGGCAUUACAACUGUACCGGAACGCCUUCGCCAACGUGAAGCUCAUCAUUAUCGACGAAACAAGCAUGCUGGGUGCUGAUGUCCUCAACACAGUACAUGUCCGGCUUCAAGAAAUCACGGGGAACUACGACGAUCCAUUCGGUGGAAUGCCGAUCGUAUUUUGCGGCGAUCUUCGUCAAUUGCCACCGGUCAAUGCGCGGGCGGUGUUUAAACCGAGCAUAAACUCCAUGCAUGGCGCCGUUUUAUGGCAAUCUCUCGACUUCUACCCAUUGGUUCAAGUUAUGCGACAAACCAACGAGCAGUUCUCCGGCAUUCUCACAAAAAUUGGCAACGGUGAGCGGAUGUCGUCUGAGGAAAUCGAGCUUAUUGAAAGCAGGUUCCGUACGGAGGAGUGGUGUCGGCAGCAUGUCCCUCGAGGGAUCCGGUUAUUCCAUCGGAACGCUGAUGUCGAACGGUAUAACUCUGUGGCGUUGAUGGAUCGAGAGGCUGUCGAAUGUACUGCAGAUGACCUAUACUCUGGUUAUAAGGACAAUUCCCAGCUGGCCAGUGCUCGCACAAAGGUGCAUAAGAUGAGUGUAGUAGAGACUGGUGGCUUACCGUAUCUGUUGCGUCUUGUUCUUGGUACACCUUAUAUGCUGACCACCAACGUGGAUGUCGAAGAUGGCAUCGUGAACGGAGCGAUCGGAGAGCUCAUGCAUGUUGAGUACAACGAAGGAAACUCGCAGCAACAGGCAAUCACGAGGCUUUGGAUGGCAUUCGAAAAUGAGUCCAUUGGGAAGAUGUUGAGAGUGAAGGCCAGACCGCUGGUGUAUUCGAGACCUGGGGUGCUACAAACAGGCUGGACUCCAAUCGUCAAACGAUCGGCGAACGUAACCCUUAACGGUGGUGUUAAGUGCAAAAGAGUUCAGUUUCCCGUUGUAAGUGCGUGUGCCCUCACAGUCCAUAAGUCCCAGGGAGGCACAUUCUCGGAAGUCGUAUAUAAUUACGAUAAGGGUCAGGAACAGCAGCUAGUUUACGUUGGUCUUUCCAGGGUUACAUCAAUCGACGGAUUGUAUCUGACGAAUGCCAGUAACUCAUUCCGGUUCCACCACGGAAAGGACGAUAUCAUGGAAGCUAUAACCGCAAACAAGUUGGCUUGUACGUUGAUGAGCAUCAAUGUACAAAGUUUGAAUGCACACUCGUCGGACAUUGCAACAGAUCGGGUGCUUACCGCCGUUGAUUUGCUUGCAAUGAGCGAAACUUGGCUUGACAACGGCACAACCACAAACAUCAAUGGAUACCUUUGUGUUUGUCAAGAGAAGCGUGACGGAACAAGAGCGGGAGGAGUGGCAAUAUUUGAACGUGCUGGUUCGUCGACUAUGGCCGUUUCUCACGCCAUUACGAAGCUCAAUGAAAGCUAUGACCCAGCAUUGAGUGUAGCAGACGAAUAUGGGGACUGCUGUGCUGCAGAGGUUUCAAUCAUGGAAACCCGCACGUUACUGUUUGCGGUAUAUAUUUCACCAGGUAUAAUCAAAUAG